AGAAUGUUCCUUCAAAUAUAGCUGUAUUUGCAAAAUCUUGAAGGGUUGAAUCAUUCGAGAUACAUGGUGCGGGCUUCUUUCGUGCCAAAAACGAAAGCCUUUCAAUUCCCAGAAAAUGUUCUCUCGUUCCCUUUCGGCUCUCUAGCCUUAUAAAUUAGCAGUGACAGAUCCUUGUCCUUUCCACGGAGUACUUUGGAUUUUGGAACCCUUGCAUCAAAAUAUCCUGUCCAAAGUCUUUCCAGAUCUGAAUCAUACCCCUAUAAACCAAUAACAGAAAACGCAAAAAUUAAGGAAGAUGGUGGUGGGUUUUAGUUUGCAGCCUGUAUUAGACUUGUUGGUUGCUGGGAUUUCUUUGGUUAUUGGGAUGGGGAUUUUCGCCUUCAUUGCUUCCAUUCUGUGCUCUGCUGCUUUCUUGCACAAUGCCAGGCUCGCCCAUUAAUCCCACCCACCGUCGAACUCAAGGCAAUAUCUCAAAACUGGAUCGGCCAACGUUUGAACCCCGUGCAAGAGCAGGACGCGGUCAAAGUAAUUAGUGAUUUGUAUAGGAAAGAAAGAGAGCUCGAUCAAAAUCUUGGUUCUCUGCACAACCCAAAUCCUUUAUCUUUCUGGGUUCAGCUUAUUUUCAAGCAAUCCAUCUGCUUGCACUUUUCCAGUACAGCAUUUUUAGUUUGUUCCUCUGGUCCUAGAUACCUCGUGCAGAAUUUAAGAAUGGCUGCCUUAACCAGAAUUGGUCUUGCUGGCCUUGCUGUCAUGGGGCAAAAUCUAGCCCUCAACAUUGCUGAGAAUGGAUUCCCAAUUUCUGUGUAUAAUCGGACCACCUCUAAAGUUGAUGAAACAGUAGAACGAGCCAUACGAGAAGGAAACCUUCCCUUAUAUGGUUUCCAUGACCCUGAAUCCUUUGUUCGUUCAAUCCAAAAACCUCGUGUCAUAAUCAUGCUUGUAAAGGCCGGGGCUCCAGUUGAUCAAACCAUCAAAACCCUCUCGGUUUACAUGGAGAAAGGAGACUGUAUCAUUGAUGGUGGUAAUGAGUGGUAUGAGAACACUGAGAGGAGGGAGAAAGCCAUGGCUGAACGGGGUUUACUUUAUCUUGGAAUGGGAGUUUCGGGUGGAGAAGAGGGUGCUCGCCAUGGGCCGUCUUUGAUGCCUGGAGGUUCCUUUGAGGCCUACAGGCACAUUGAAGAUAUCCUUCUUAAGGUGGCUGCCCAGGUUCCUGAUAGUGGACCGUGUGUUGCUUACAUUGGUAAAGGAGGAUCAGGGAACUUUGUCAAGAUGGUUCACAAUGGGAUUGAAUAUGGUGAUAUGCAGCUAAUUGCAGAGGCCUAUGAUGUUCUUAAAUCAGUUGGAAAGCUUUCGAAUGAGGAAUUAAGCCAUGUUUUCUCAGAAUGGAACAAGGGAGAGCUUUUGAGCUUCUUGAUUGAGAUUACUGCAGAUAUAUUUAAAAUCAAGGAUGACAAGGGAGAAGGUUAUCUAGUGGACAAGGUUUUGGAUAAAACUGGCAUGAAGGGUACUGGUAAAUGGACAGUUCAGCAAGCUGCCGAGUUGUCAAUUGCAACCCCUACCAUAGCAUCUUCUUUGGAUGCCAGGUUCCUUAGUGGUCUGAAGGAGGAAAGGGUUGAAGCAAGCAAAGUUUUCAAGUCAAGUGGCAUUGGCAAAGGUCUUACAGAUCAAGCAGUGGAUAAGGCAAAAUUGAUUGAUGAGGUGAGGCAAGCACUUUAUUCAUCCAAAAUAUGUAGCUAUGCCCAGGGAAUGAACUUGAUACGUGCAAAAAGCAUUGAAAAAGGUUGGGACUUGAAACUGGGGGAGCUUGCUAGGAUUUGGAAGGGCGGUUGCAUCAUCCGCGCCAUGUUUUUGGACCGCAUCAAGAAAGCCUAUGACAGAAACCCAGAUCUUGCCAACCUGCUUGUGGAUCCAGAGUUUGCAAAGGAGAUCAUCGAGCGACAGUCUGCUUGGCGAAGAGUUGUCUGCCUUGCUAUCAAUGCAGGUAUUAGUACUCCGGGUAUGUCCUCUAGUCUUGCUUAUUUUGACACAUUCAGGAGGGAGAGGCUGCCUGCUAAUUUGGUCCAAGCUCAAAGAGAUUACUUUGGAGCUCAUACAUAUGAGAGGAUUGACAUACGAGGAUCCUUCCAUACUGAAUGGUUCAGGAUUUCUAGACGGUCAAAGAUCUGACUGCAAGUGGUGGUCUACUGAUGGAAUCAUUGGAAUGUCGUCAGUAAUGUAACUACAUUUAUUGAGAGACUGGUAAAUUGGGAUAUCAUCCUACCAUCUGUUCAAGAAAGGUUUUAUCAAAUCCUUUCAACAUUCUGGAGAUAGUUCUUGUUGAUCUGUUUGUUGUGAUGAUCGUUCUUGAGCAAUUAAAUUUUGUAAUAUUAAUUAUGCAAUCCUACGUUAAAGGAUUAUUUUAACAUUGUUCCAUGUUUUGUAUGUUAAAAGGAUUAUUUACCAGAAGAACUGUCUCGAUGCUUUUUUCUC